CGAAGCGGCGGGUAGCGGAGCGGGCUUCCCGUGAACCAAGGCAGGCGAGCGCGGCUGGCACCGCUGCACGGGGGGGACCUGCCCAGCGCCAGAGGAGGAGGGAGCCGCCUCACCCCCCCCGCCCCCGCGACCCCGGUCCUCCUCCUCACCCCACUGGAUACAGCGAGGCAGAGGGAGACACUGCGGCGGAGGCUCCUGCCGGGGGACAGAAGCGCCCGGAGAGAGGCGGCGCAGGCUGCGGGAAGCUCUGCCUGGCGCCCACCCAGCCCGAGGGAAGCCCCCAGGAUGCGGCUGAGACCCAGCGCCCUUCUGCGCUUCUACAGCCUCUGCGGGCUCCUCAUACAAGCGGCUGCUACCAAGAACAAAGUUAAAGGCAGCCAAGGGCAAUUUCCACUCACACAGAAUGUUACAGUUGUUGAAGGGGGAACAGCAAAUUUGACCUGCAGGGUUGAUCAAAAUGAUAACACCUCCCUCCAGUGGUCAAAUCCAGCUCAACAGACUCUGUACUUUGAUGACAAGAAAGCCCUGAGGGACAACAGGAUUGAGCUGGUUCGAGCUUCAUGGCAUGAACUGAGCAUCAGCGUCAGUGAUGUGUCUCUGUCAGAUGAAGGGCAAUACACCUGUUCUUUAUUUACUAUGCCUGUCAAAACUUCCAAGGCUUUUCUCACUGUUCUGGGUGUUCCUGAGAAGCCACAAAUUAGUGGAUUUACUUCACCAGUUAUGGAGGGAGAGAGGAUGCAGCUAACCUGCAAGACCUCUGGUAGCAAACCAGCAGCUGAUAUCAGAUGGUUCAAGAAUGACAAAGAGAUUAAAGAUGUCAAAUAUUUAAAAGAAGAGGAUGCAAAUCGCAGGACAUUCACAGUUAGCAGCACAUUGGAUUUCCGAGCGGAUCGGAGUGAUGAUGGUGCUGUUGUAAGUUGCAGAGUAGACCAUGAAUCCUUAAACUCCACACCUCAGAUAGCAAGGCAGGUUCUAGAAAUACACUAUACACCUUCAGUUAAAAUCAUAUCUUCCAGUUCAUGGCCAGAAGAAGGACAAUCUAUAGUUUUGACUUGUGAAUCCAAAGGAAAACCACUGCCGGAACCAGUAUUGUGGACAAAGGAUGGCGGAGAACUACCAGAUCCAGAGAGAAUGGUUGUCAAUGGUAGGGACCUAAGAAUUAGUUUCCUAAACAAAACGGACAAUGGUACAUAUCGAUGUGAAGCAACAAACCCUAUUGGCCAAAACAGCACAGAGUAUGUCCUGAUUGUACAUGAUGUUUCCAACACUUUGCUUCCCACCACUGUCAUCCCCUCACUUACCACUGCAACAGUCACAACCACUGUAGCCUUAACAACCAGCACAGCCACAUCGGCAACAGCCAUCAGCACCAGAGACCCAAAUGCUUUGGCUGGACAGACUGGACCUGACCAUGCUCUCAUAGGAGGAAUAGUGGCUGUGGUUGUCUUUGUCACAUUAUGUUCUAUAAUUCUGCUUGGACGAUAUCUGGCAAGACAUAAAGGAACAUAUUUAACAAAUGAAGCUAAAGGAGCUGAAGAUGCACCUGAUGCUGACACAGCCAUUAUCAAUGCAGAAGGCAGCCAAGUCAAUGCAGAGGAGAAAAAGGAGUAUUUCAUUUAGAUGCAGACCUAGAUUCUCUGAGUUUUACUUAUCAGGCUGACUGCUGGAGAAAACUGGCUAUCAUCUUUCAGAAUUCAUUUCUGCCAUCUUCUGCAAACUUUAUUAACUUACAUACUGCUAUAAAUAGUCAGUUUAUGCCAACAAUCAGUUGUUGACAGCAUCAUUCUUUCUUUACAAUACCAUCCACAAUGCAGGACAUUUCUUAUUGCCUAAAAUUCAUUUCCAUUGCUCUCUUAACAUACAGUGCUUGAAUAUACAGCCUUAACAAUGUUAAUCUUCAUCUUAAAUCAUGCUAUUGAGUUUUCUACAUUUUUAAAUGUUAUAUAGCUUUCUUCUUUUCCAGUUUUCUUUUAUCAUGGUCCCUAUCAGUAUGUCAUUGGAUGAUUUUCAUAACAAAUAUAUUCGAUAAGGACAUAAUGUACUUACAUAAAACAUUAAAUCUAAGAUUAGAGGUUUACAAAGAAUGUUUUAUACAUGUCUAUAAUUCAAAGGCAACCUGUUUUUGAAACAUAUGCCCUAGGAACCACAAACUGAAAACAUUAUAAUAUAGUUUCUUGUAUGCUUGGAUUUGGUGGAAAAGGAGUAUCAAUACAUUGUUAAAAAUGGUACCUUGAUACUAAUUCCAUGCUUGGGUGGUAAUUACAUCAUACUGUAUUAUCUAUACAGAUUCUGUAGAGUUAGAUAAUUGUAGCUUCAUUCUGAAACAAAUUUAUUCAGCCCUUUUACUGCUUUUUGGGAUCACAAGAUUAGAUAUGUUUCUGUAAUUUUGGUUUUAAUAAUUUAUUUGCUUCAUAUGGACUCACCUGCCUAUUCAGAUUUGUAGUGUUCAUGGGGCACAAUUGCAAAGCAUUUUCCUAUCUGUAUAUAGUGCAUAUAAUAAAUCCAAUUAAACAUUAUUUGAUACAUAUUUAACUUUUUUGGCUAUAGCUAAGUCAGUCACAAGUAAGCAUUUUCUAAUGUCCAUUAUAUCCCUUUAGAUAUGACUUAAAUCAAUAUUCUGAAUAGAUAACAUGUAUUAGUAUUUUUGUCUGUAUGUCCUAGCACUGUUCAGCAGCAAACUUUUCUAGUUCUUGUUAAUUUUUCUUUGUUAUACAAUGGAAGCACAAUGUUAUAUGGAAAGGUAGUUUUAAGCUAACAACCAGUGCACAGCCUCAGGUUUUGAAUUACAACCACAUUUGAUUAAUAUCCUUAACAAAUACUGUUAUGUUGCUAAAUUCUCAAUUUUUAAUUUGGCAGUUCCACAGCUGCUUAUCUAUGUUGGGUUGCCAAAAAAAAAAAAAAAAGAAAAAAGAAAAAAAAAAGAGUUAAAUGAUAUAUGUUUUGUGUAUACGGUAAAUGGACUAAUUCUUUAUAUUAAAUUCCUGUCUAUGCAUUUUGUGGGGUACAAACUUAUGUCACAGUGAAUGAUAGAGAAUUUCUGCCAAUGCUUUUAGCUCUAUGGUGAAAGUCUCUCUUAAAGUCUCAUGUUCUUAAAUAUGACAACAAAACACUAUAAGCCCAAUGGCUUAUUUCCUCUUCCACUGAAAUAAAAAUGGUGCCAGAUCAACUCUUGGUAGUGAUUCCAUGCUGGAGAAUGAAAAUCUGUAUUGUUGGGAGUUCAUCUCCCUCUCCCAAGUGUUGCACCUUUGAAAAAUAAUAUUUCUAUAUGGUUGCUAUACUUGUGAAGUCUAAAAGCAUGAUGGCUUAUUGUAAAGGAUUAUCUCUUGGGAUUUAUUUUUUGUGGGGGCGGGGGGAGGGAGAAUCUGAACACAUCAUCAUGUAUUAAGAUAAAAUGGAAGACAAAGGUGCUGUGUCAGAUUAUUUAUCAGAAGAAUAUAAGCCUGUUAAGGAGAAUAUUAUAGUAUUUUUUUGUUUGUUUUCUUUCUUUCUUUCUUUCUUUUUGUUGAAACAUUUCUCUUGUUAAUUUCUAAGAAAAAGAGGGUGAUGUUGAUCAAGCAGCACUUUUUCAAAAUAUACAGAACAUAAAUAAUAUGAUGUGGUUGAGUGUUAACAUAAUAAAUCAUAUACAGUAUGACAUUUUAAAGAAAUAAGUCUGCAUUGAUGUGAUUGCAUGCUUGUUUUUACAGUUCACUCCAUACCAUCUGUGAAAAAAAUGCAAUAAUAUGUUAAUAUAGUAUGGUAGUUUGAGAGAACCAGGUAGGUGCUACUAGACACAUUGAAACUAGUAUAGGUUUUCAAGAUAUUCAUGUCUUUCAAAGCAUACACUUUUAAAAGGUUGACAAAGGAAAUCAUUUAGUUUAGUAUCAGAACAGAAAGGUUCUUGUCACAACAGUAAG